UUCAUUGUAUUUCACACCAAUCACAACUUAUCAUAAAAUAGAAACAAAUUUAAAUCAGAAAACAUAAAUUUCUUGAAAAAUAAAUUCUACAAGUUAAAUAUUUCCUAAACUUUUUAACGAAGAAAUAACAUGUAUCUAAAAUUAAUCGCAGUUUGCCUCCUAUUCCAAUUAACUUUUCGCGGAAUUUAUGCCGAGUUCUGUACUCGUGUAUACGAGACGGAAUGUAAAGGUUUCGACGACACCUGCCCGGCCGGAUUUACCCGUGAAUAUUACAAAGUUUCUGGUCAAGUCGCCCAAUGCCGCUGUGUGAAAGCACGAGAAUAUGAAGAUUAUUUGGCUUGUAAAUGUCGCCUUGCUAUGGAACCCUGUAAUCCGGACGGCGGUAAUGCAGCACAAUAUAUGUGCAGGAUUGCGUGGAGAGACUGCUCCGACACCGUCAAGGAAGGACUUUGUCAAGGCAACUUGACUUCCACUAAGUGGAAGAAAUACUGCUGCAACGACAUAGCCAGCAGAUGUUCAACCUUGGUCAAAAGAUCUGAAAAUUUGUCCCCGCCAAAUAACACGGCAGACAUCGUCUCCCUCUGCGGAUCACAGAUAACGCAGUGCCUCAGCAAUAUCAGAAUUAGAGGCUUCUAUUGCCCCAGGCUGGCCUCAAAGUGCAAUCAAGAUAUCCAGAAUGCAAUCCGUGGUGGAACUUUGUUCACAAGUCGGGAUAACAUUACCCAACUCUGUGGUUCCGAAGCGGCCGGAUGUCUUCCAGAUGAUACAAUUGAAAGGAUUUACUGUCCCGGUUUGAUUAGUCAAUGUGAGAAUUUAAUUCAAAACAGUGGUGAAGAUGUCGUCAAAAACGAGCUGGAUGUCCCGCAGCUUUGCGGAGCUGAAAUAACGAAGUGUCUUAGCAAAGAAGAAAUUAGAAGGAUCCUGUGCGAGCCUCGUAUCGAAAAAUGUGUGGCGUUGAUUCAAAACGCUACACUUGCCGGAACCGUACUCAACAGUACGAGUCAGAUAGAGCAAGUUUGCGGGACCGGGAUAACGUCAUGUCUGAACGAAAAGAGCCGAGAUGAAUUGUUUUGUGGACAUUUGUUCGUGCGAUGUAAGCUUACGCUGCCUGGCGUUAUCUCCCUUAGUUUUUUAGGUGCGGCGAAAGAUCUAAAUGAAGUUUGCGGUAAAAAUGUCCCCCAAAGUCUUGAUUGUAUUGAAAAGGGAAUUUUUGGGUAGGGCUCGUCGACGGUAGGAUAACAGCAGAUGUUAUUUUACAAAAUAUUUGGCAAAAGUAACCGUACGUUAUUUGUGAGGUUGAUAACUUUAAAUUAUUUCAGGGUAUGUCCACUAGUAUAUUUAUGUAGAAACAUAUUUGUAGUGAUCUUGUAUAUGUAUUUCAUUGAUUGGCAAAUACAUUUUAAAAUUGCAAAUAAAAUGGCGAAGAACUCAAUAGAGUUGAAUUAAA